AUGCCGGACCCACGCGUCACCGUGACGCUUGCCCCCCUUUUCGAAGAUACCCACCCUCUCCGUACCCUCACCAUCACUGACAGCGAUAUAACUGUGGCGAUCGGACGUGCCUCGAAGCGGGAAACUCGAAAACGAAAUCCUGCAACAGAGAACGCUUGGUUUGAGUCUCGGGUUAUGUCUCGUGACCAUGCCUUUCUCAACAUACCACCAGACCAAAAUAUGGUUUUCAUCGUCGACUGUGGCUCAACACACGGAACCUUCCUGAAUGAUGCGAAGUUGGUGACCGAUGUGGAGACCCCACUGUUUAGUGGAGAUAUCAUCCGAUUUGGCGUCAACGUCGACCGUGGCCAGGAAGUUUUUGAGGCUAUCUCAGUCCGAUGCAAGGUUGAAUGGCUCAAACCCCAGUGUGUGGUCAUUCCACAUGAUGGACUUGCUAUCAAACAGGAUCCAAGCCCAUCAACCAACAGUUUCUCUGUCCCCGAAGACGAUAGCGAUAUUGAGCCUGCCGACUUACCCAGUGAUGACUCUUCUAAGGAGUCCAUUGCUCGCUCUUGGGAAACUACUGUUCUGCAGCCUGCGGAUACAUCUCUAGUCUCUUCUGUGUCGAGUGUCCAGAGCGAGGAAGAUCUAAAGGACGAGCCGGAGCUUCAUUCGGGACGCUUGUCUACAGUCAAUGAGUCCACCACAAAAGCUGCACCCGGCCCUACACCACUGGUCCCGGAUGUUUGUAGCUCGCUUCUCAAUAGUAAUACCGCUCGGGAUGCUAAAUUAUCCCCUGCCAAACCGGCCUCAGAUAUCACAAUAUUUCCUAUAAAAGCGGCCUCCACCGAAAUCCCAUCUGCUCCACAUGAAUAUGACGCAAAUGGUCUGCCUGCAGUCUGUUACCAGAAGGUGCCCGAAACCAAAUACAGCAAUUGGACCAUGAUGCGGCCUAUGUUCAUGCGCCUGGCAGACAUGGCUUGGGGUGAAUCCAAUAUUAUCCCCGACGUUGACCACGACAGGCGUAUCAUCCACGCUGCACGCCGUUGUUCUCUUUCCAAAGAUUCGUACUGGGUAGAUGACUCCCCUAGCUUCCAACCUUACGUUGGGACAGAAGUCUAUUGGGAGCCAGACUCCGAGGAAUCAGACACUUCAUUCCAUCGUAUGCCUGGCAGCCUUCUUAGGUACUGGUCGGUCGAUAAGCGAAGGUAUUGGAUUAUCUAUGAGGAGGAAGAUAGCCAGCAUGUGAGCAACUUGUGGUGGAUCGUUGAAAAACCACAUGAACUUCUCAGCGAGGAAGUGAAGCACCAGCUCGAGACGGAAGUCGAGGUUGAUGACCGUCAUAAAUGCUGGAUCGUGAGGGCGUGGGAGCCUCAAUCGAUGGGAACUUGGUGGUGCGAUACGACCCCUUACUGGGAUCCGAAUUUCGACAAAGAUUGGCUCGCUGACGACGAGUCCGUUGAUUCGGACGAAGAAGCCGAGGCCAGCGAGGGCGGCAUGUCUGAGUCAGAUGUUAUUAGUGGAUCGGUCUCAGAGAAUCACGGCCAAUAUUCGUAUGGGGUGUUCAACAGCCAAUCAAUUUAUAGGGUUGGUAGUGAAGUGUCGGCAGAAGACUCUGAGGAAGACGACGAUGAGGAAGAUAAUAAUGAGGGCUUGGAGGAAGAUGGUGAGGUCUCCGAUGAAUCCGAAAACGACUCACAUCGUUCCUCUGAGGAUGAGCCUUUUGAACACCUUAUUCCGCAAAGGCCUCAUAUGAACUCCUCGCUUGAUUUGGAGUAUUUGAAGAAGCUUGAACGCAUCGACCCCACUGAUGCUGUCGAAGUGUCCAAGCAUGUUGUUGAGGAAGCUGGACCAGUUCGACUGCACCACGAGGCUCCUGCAGACCAGCCGAUGAACCCCACACGGAGCGAGAGCAAACCAUUGCUGACACACACUCCCCCUGGUAUGACGAACCCAGGUGCUCGAUUCCCGACACACACUGUUUCUGGUGAGCUGCCAAGCUCAUGCCAGAACAAAUAUCCACCAAUGCAACGGAAGAUUGAGAGUACUGUUGGGGUACCGUCCAUCUCCCAUGAAUUCGGGAAUUGUUAUCACGAUGGACCGUUCUCGACCAGUGCACCCGUGGAAGAUGCCUGUGUGCCCUACCAGACAACAUCUAGACAUUCAACUUUGAAACGUACUGCGACAGAGAUGCAAUUGUCGUCUCUUGAACCCAGUCUGUCCCAAGAUGCUCAGCGGCUGCCUGAAGAGCCAGCCAGCCAGUCAGAUCCCGACCUUGAUACAAUCUCUUCUGAGGCCAAAGAUGCGAUCAGCUCUGCGCUUGCCGAGAAUGUGUCUGCAUUUGCUGAGAAUGAGCGUCCCGCAAAGCGAAUCAAGUCUGACAACCCAACAUCAAAGUCAUUAGCGAGCCACGCCACCACGGCUGUUGUCAGUGCUUUGCUGGGCGGUCUGGGAACUAUCGCCGUACUAGCAGCCUUGCCUAAUGAAUAUUUCCAGUGA